AUGUCUAGCAUGCAGCAAAGCUUCAAUGCAGGAGAAACCAAAGGCAACACCCAGGCUAAGGUAGAAGAGUGGGCUGACAGAAUCCAGGAUACAGCAAAUGCAGCUUCGGAAAGGACAUCAAUUAGUGCUCAGUCAACCUCGGAUUCUUCCCAACUAGAGAGGGAUCAAAGCGCUGGUUUCCUCCAGCAGGACUUAAUUAGGGUGAUUACAGAAUCAAAUGGCACACUUAAUUCUUUGCAAAAUAUGUUGUAUCGUUUGCGCAAUAUCGAUCAGACCGGAGAGCAAGUGAAGCAUGUAGCUCAGGAUGCAAUGAACUCUGUGAAGAACACACUUGGCAUAGGUCAGAAUAAGAAAUGA